AUGACUGACACAACAUCCCUUCAGGGGAUCAUACGGUCAAUGAUUGAGGAUGCACCACCAGGAAGUGCGGCACCUCUUCAAAAAGAUAUUAAAACAAUUUUGAACAACGAUGAUUCGAGGAAAGUAAUUGCAGAAGAUUUAAAGCAGUAUCAUCUUAAUAAGAACUACAAGUUGGUGAAGCUCACGGAUAAGGAUUUUGGAAUUAUUUCGAAGUACAACAAGUCCGGACUCAAGUAUUAUGACCCACUUUUAAAAUUGAAGUUUGAUUAUGACUUUGAUCAACUAAAAGUGAUAGAUAUAGAGGAAAACGGCGUGGAAGAAAAUGCGGAAAUCAAUGCUCUCAAUGAGAAGAUAUGCGAUUACGCUUUGCAGCACUUCCCUACCUUUUAUAAAGGAAUGGCAAUACAGGACGGAGAAAACGCAAACAUUGUUUACAUUAUAAUUGUGGACGAGAAUCUUAACGAUGCCAACUUUUACAAUGGACGUUGGCAAUCUUUUUACAAGUUAGACAAGGGGAAUGGCGAGUUAACUGGAGAAAUUACUGUGAAAGUUCAUUACUACGAGGACGGAAAUGUGGCGUUAAAUACUGGUAAGCACAUACACGAAACUAAUAUUAACGUUGAUAAUAUCGUGGAGACCAUUUCCAAGCUGGAAGAUGAGUUUGAGAAGGCGCUGCUCAAAAACUUUGUUGCAUUAAACGAGCACCAAUUCAAAAACUUACGGAGACAGUUGCCAAUCAACCGGUCUAAAGUUCAAUGGGGAAAAUCCAUCCGUACAUAUAAACUCGGUCAGGAUGCUGCAGAGGGGAGGAAAUGA